AAAUACGAGAGCUUGCAAUUCAAGGGCUGUCUAUUUGUUGGGAUGUUUUGUAAUCAGAACACAAAAAUGAAUUCAAAAAUACUAACAAACGGCUUUUACAGUCCGUUGCAUUUUAAAUUUUCAAUUCUGAAAAUUCUCCAGCGUUUUGUCGCUGCUUCCGGGCACGAGGAAUCGCGGAAAGAACUCGUGAAACGGCGAAGGGCCCUGAAGACUGUUCGCGGGACAGAUAGGCUUUCACUUUGUUAUGUAAAUUAUACAUUGUAGCUGUGGAUACCUGUUCUUGGAAAAUAAUUCAAGAUGAUAAUUUCUCAAAAGUGUUUGGCUAAGUGUUAGAUGUGAACCAUCAGAGAGGAAGCUCUGAGAUGAAAUGUUAGGACCAAAGCUUAAAAUAACUGCCCUAUUUCUUUUUGGAAUAGCUAUAUCUAUGAUCAUACUUGUCAAUUAUGAAGCGUCUAUGUUUUAUACAAAGUUUCAUAAAAAUGUCCAUCCACUGUUGUUCGGGUUAUGGAAACAAAGCAGCGAAAAAGCUAUCAAAAUGGAGGUACGUUUAGAGAGGACAAUAAAGGUUAGAAAUGAGCACUUCCACAGCAAUAUAUCCUUUACGUACAAAGUCUACAAGCCAAUGCAUUCCUUCAAUGAAGCAACACUUGUUACGGUGGGUUGUUCAAGCAGAGAAAAUACAGAGAAAUUCGUUCUAAUAACGGGAUUUAUCGACUUGAAGAGAAACACAUAUCGCAAAACGCUCGGAAAUCUAGCUGUAGCGUCCGAGGAAAACAACGCACAGAUUGAAGGGAGGCUUAUGGAAGUUAUUGAUGUUCUGCAGUCGAAUCUCAACCACACAUUGAUUGACGAGAUUCACGUUUUAGUCAGAGACCGGGAGACUGCCGAAUACCUGCAUUCGCUUCCUUUAAAACGAAGUGAGAAGCUCGUUCUUCGAGUAGUUAACGAGGACGUGGGACUUAAAUGUCAACUGCUUUAUGCUGCAAGAUGUCUACCUGGCCAGUUAGUAGCAAUUACUAACCAAGAUAACAAAAUAGGCAAAGGAUGGGAUCUGCCCUGGCGUCAAGUUAUCGGAAACUCUCGUACAAUGUAUGCUCUAACAAGACAUUCAGCAUUAAAUUCAAAUUGCACCAAGUACACAAAAAUUGGUUCUUGUGAUGACGGAGAAAUGUAUUUUGGUUCUCACGACACAUUUGUUUUGAAGGCAGUAAGAGAUUGGUCUGAGAGCACUUUCGAAGAAUUAAAAGGGAUUUCACCCGAUAUGCCUGGAAUGGAAAAUCUUUUUAUUUGGUUCUUUCGAACAAAAAUGAAGUACCGCGUGCUGAACCCGUGCAAACUUCUAUUUGUACAUCACCAUCAUUGCGUCCCUAUUCGUGGUACCAAUCGCCCUAGAGUUAAUUCUGGAGGGAGAUCUGCUGGCAUUGGGUUCUCGGACAACCUGCGGGCUUGAUUUUGGAGAGCUAAUGGAAAUGACCUAUAGCAAGGAUAGGAGUGAGCUAACAUAAAAUGACCUGUCAGUAAGAAUGGAAGUGACCUAGCCCUUUCAAUAGCUGUUCUAACUUCGCUAUGAUUGUAUAGAUAAAAAUAUUGGGUUAUAGUAAAAAGUUACUAUGUUUUUUAACUUGCAUGAAAGGGUUAGAAUACUUAACGGAUUCUAUAGAGCUCAUAAAAAGCUUAUCCAAAUGAUUAGUAUUAAAUACUCUUUUUGUUGUUAUGAAAUUAAUGAAAUCUUUUUAUCGACAAAUUUUUGAUUGUAGCAGAAGAGGUUAAAAAUGGCAGUGAUGUUGAUGAUAUCGCACUUUUCAUAUUUGCUAAAAAUGGUAAUUUUGGUAGAAAAUUGGUAGUGAAUUGUGGUACUUCACAUUAAAACUAUUUAAAACUAAUUAUGGAAAUAAAUGUAUUUUGGUGAUACAAAACUUAAAGAUAAUCUGUGUUCUGACGUUUAAGAUAUGUAUGACUCAAAAUGUGUGUUUUUUCAAAGCCAUUAUUGAAAUAAGAUAGAGAAACAUUUGAUUAACCAUUAUCAAACACUUUCUCGGAAUCAAUUGAAAAAUACGAGAUUGAGACCUUAAGAAUAAGCUUUAUAUUAAGCAACAUUACUUAGAGCCCAAAAAAUAACAUCAACAGUAUUCAUAAAAUGGUCAUACUGUCACAACAAAAUAACUUUCCCUUUUACUAAUAGGUAGAAUUUUGUUAGAGAAAAAACUAUCUACGAUUAUCCAGCAGCGCAAUCUUGGUUUGUUCGUUCAAGAAAAUGAUAGAAUUAGGUUUACAAUUGCAAAACAUUUUGCUUAUGGAUAGAAAUAGGCCAGUCAAGGAACCCACAACUGGGUAUCUAUUUUUCCUAGCUUAAAAUUUUCAAUCAUUAUUCUAGAGUUUUAAGCUCGGAAGAGUGUCAGACGAAAAGCUGAAUUAUGUUUUAAAUGUUUGUUCUUUCAAAGCCAUUUUAGAAUUUUAACACCAAAAUAUUGUUCUUAAAGUUUUAGCUAAGCUUUUUAUCUGUUCCCCUUUCAAAUGAUCAAAAUCCAACUCUGAUGUUUUCCACAAGGGUUUUAUUGCUUGUAAGGAAAUGGUAGCAAUAAAUCAGGGUUAGGCCACUACUUAUUAUAGUCAAACUUUUCUACCAGUAAUAUUGCAGUCUUGUUGCAUGACUUUGAAUUAGCAAUCUUGCUUGCCCUAUACAGGUCACCUUGUUGUUUUUACUCUAAAUUGAUUAUAGCUGCAUAACUAAUUAUAGAUUUAGUCGAGUAUCUAAAUGGCUUCGAUUUUUUUCACUAUUUCUUCAAGAAAAUUUUUCGAGUAGUUGAUCGAAGCGUGAACCCUAACUUGGGGUAUGAAAAAUGCAGGCAGAUGCAAGUCUUCGUAAAAACUAUAAGAAGAUAAGAAAUAGCUCAUGAAUAUAUGAUUGGUUACAUUUGUGUAUUCAGUUCUUGCCAUGUGUUACAUAUUGUCUUGUUUAGUCUUGUUUAUAAAUGUAAAAGCUUUUUGGGGAGGUCGCUUGAGCUGUUGAAGCACUUGAUUUGUUAACAUUUCUGUAAAUGCAGAGAGAUUUCAUCCGGCUUCAUCACAUAAUGUAACCAAAAUGUAACCAAAAACUGGAGCUGGAUUUCCGAUUUAUGCUUAAAUGUAAAGACGAAGUAACCAAUAGACAUAACAAUUAUAUGGUAGAGUGAAAUUUAUUGCUAAAGUGUCAUUUCAUCUUUGAAUGCAGCACGGAAAGGUGAAGAACAUAGCAUACUAAAGUACUUUUCGUCCGACACCCACCUAAGAAUAAUCGUCGAAUAAUGACUAAAGGAAAGCAGAAAUUUCGGAUCGAAAGGAAUACGAGAGAAAAAUGACGCCCUUGAUCGAUUUUUGUUUUAACCAAUCGUUUUCUCCACCGUCUAGCCUAGUUGAAGAGUCGAAACGAGAAAAGGAACUUUUUCUGUCCACACAAGAAGGGCCCCUUGCUUUGAAGUAGACAGCUCCUGAAGACGUAAAUGAAAAGACGGCCUUGCUUGCCCCACAUUUGUCUACAGGAAGAGUUCGUUUCUGUUCUUCAUUGUUUAGAACUCACUCUCGAGUGUUUCAGAUCGAGAACUGUAUCAUUGAUGAAAUUAACUUUCAAGUCAUCCUUUGAAGCAAUAGUGAAAGUGGAUGGUCUGAGUUAUAAGGCACGACUCCAAAAAAAGGACAGUUCACCUCUAUGCAGGCAUGUUCUGUAGGCUAUGGUGAUUACUGAUCAAAGUGCAGCCUGCAUGAAAUAAAAAAUGCAAUUUUAUUGGAUAAUGUUCAUUUUAAGGAAAAGCUUGGAGAUCCAAACACUUAACUCAGGUCAUUUACUUCAAAAAGUUGAAUAAAUUUCUUGCCUCUUUCUCAGUGUCUUCUCCCCUAUAUAAAAUGCAAGAAAUCGAUGCCAAUACGUCAUAAAACAUAAAUUUAUUCAUGUCUUCAGUCAGGGCAAGAGGUUUAACAUAAGAAUGGUAAAAAGGGGUUAUUUGAUAUAUGAUUUAGAAUUUAAUGUUUAAGUAUGUACGUGUUCAUGUAUUGUAUGUUUACUUGAGUGUUGGCGUACAUUUUUUGUAAGAAACGUGGUACGAUGUUGAGUACUCCAGUUUCUUGAGGUUCUGGAAAUUUCAAUACUCAUUGUUUCUUAAGAGUUUCUUAUUUAUGAUGUCAUGAAUGAUGUUAUGAAUUGUUCGUGACUUUUUUAUCACGCCAAAAGAUUUGCUUCCGUUCUGAUGCUGUAUUUAGAUGUAGGAAGUAUAUUUUAUCCCUUGUGUCUUCAGUUCUAGGCCAACAGGGCAAUCAUGUUCUUUAAUUUUACCAAAUUUCACUUUUCUCAGUUAAAUCACGAUUUAAUAGUUUCUUAAUUUUUUUGCUUCGAGUACUGAAGUUUCUUAAUUUUUUCUGACUGUCCAAUAGUCGUUU